AUGAAAGAAAAUUUGAAUAAUUCAAAGCAAGCAUUUCAAGAAAAUCAAAAAACAACUAUAAGUUCGGGACGUAUCGGUGAACGUUUAAUAAUUCGUACAACAACAACAACUGGUCAAGGGUUACGCUAUACUCUUACUCGACCUUUUACUGAUUCUCGAUCUUAUCAGUUUAACUAUCAUGGAAAAAGUGGCUCAGAUAAUUCUUUUCAUAUUACUUCUGUAAAAAAUUCAUCAGAAAAUUUGCUAGAAAGCAAAUGUCGAGACUAUGCUUCGACAUCUCGACAUCGAUCAUCUUCAGUAGAUUCACGUGAUUGCUUAUCUGGAGAAGUAAAUAAAAAUUAUAAAAAAUCUUUACAUCAUUCUACUGAUAAUGUAAGUAAUGCAAAAAAAACUACAUCAGUACUGACUAAAAAAAAUUUUGAAAAAUUAGAAAUUUCUGAUAAUUUAUUCACUCGUGAAUUUAGUGAUAAUCGAUCAUUAUCAUUAAAUCAUGAUACUAAUCAAUUAUCAUCAUUGAUACCUCAACAAAAGUCAAAAUCAACAUUACUAUCACCGUUAAAUUCACGAAUUAUUCAUCAAAAACCAAAAAAUAAUUAUACAAAUAAUAUUGAUAAAUUAUCACAAGUCGAUCAAGAAAUCAAUCGAAAACCGCGAUAUCAGGUUAGAAAACGGGCGGUUUUCAUUGAACAACCAAAAACAAUUACCGAUGAUAGUGCAGAAAGUGAGUUUUGCGCGUGA